GUUGAACAUGGUGGCUGGUUUAACAAUGAAGGCAUCGAGGGCAGUGAAUUCAUGCCUUUGGACAGUGAUCUGGACCAAGUUGGUAAUGUAUGCAAUGAUGACAUUAUUAAUUCAGAAGAAUUUAUUGAUAAUGUCAACCAAAAUAGGUCCAUCAUAUCCCACCAUGAACCCACUCGCAUUGCACUUCAUGCCAUUUAUGGAAGCAAGAAGGAACUUGAUUUUCACUUAAAGAUGUAUGCCAUCACCAAUUUCUUUCAGUAUAAAACGAAGACAUCUUUCCCAAAGGUUUUGCAUGUUGUGUGUGUUGAUCACCCCAAUUGCAAGUGGGCUGUGCGUGGUGUGUGCAUCGACGGAGUCUCAUUGUUCCAGGUUAAAAGAUUUGACUCUGAGCACACAUGCUCCAUUGAUGUGCGUCAACGAAAUAGCCGUCAGGCUACGUCUAGGAUUAUUGCUGAACUAAUCAAACACGAAUACGGUGAUCCAUCGAAUAAGCCAUACCCUCCGAAAUCCGUGAUGCUUGAUAUGCAAACCAAAUAUGGCAUUUACAUGUCAUAUAAAAAAGCAUGGAUUGCCAAAGAAUUGGCAAUGGAAAUGGCUAUGGGAUCUGAAAAACAAUCAUAUGCUCGGCUACCUUCAAUGUGUCACGUGUGGGAUCUAAAUAGAAUCGGUUUUUUAGUUUCCUCUAGUUGUUGGAUGUAUU